ACUUCCAUUCUUUUGUUAUAGAUAUAAGAAAUAUACAACAGCGCAUCCGAUAACAAGAAAGACGUGGAGCAACAGUGUGUUCAUUUAUCGGCAAUAUUAGUUAUGGAAUUAUUCAAAACUAAAUUCUACAGGGGCUUAAUACUAUUGGAAGACAGACAUUCUUGCCCGGCCAUAUAGUGGGUAAUCUUCAUCAAAAGUUAGAUAGUGUGCAAUAGAUCAGCUUCUGAUACAGAACAACUCAAUAGAGAAUAAUACAUAGCGAUUGGAUUUGAUUCGAAAUGGAGAUAUUACAUGCUAUUGUAUUGGAAGCUUACACAUAAUCAGCUUAAAGCCUGCAUUCCUAAGCAUCGUGUUCUGUUAAGCUGCAAAUAGUGCAUAAAAGUUUUGCGGAUUGAGAUAUUGGACGUAUUUCAUUUUGUUAUGUCAAUUAUAAUAUACUUUUGCAUUGCGAAAGAGUAAUUAUAUGUCUGAAACAAUGCGUUACGAGUUGCUCUCUACGGAACAUAAAAGAAAUAUCUCACUACAUAACAAACUCAGAAAAUAUUCUACUGAAAACAAAUCAGCUUCAAAGUGUAAAUGGGUUAAAUAGAUUCUAUGUUUUUGACAUGAAGAUUCUAUGUGUUUUAGUGUUAUCUCUGACAACAUGCGGUGUAACAUGUAGUGAGUUUUGUGAAAAUGACAAAGACUGUGAUUGGCAAGUUCAAAGUGGAUUUGACGUUUUGGAUUAUACAUCUUUGAAACAACAUGUGUGUCCGGAUAGUCCGGCAUGUUCGGAUAUUGGAAACAUAACAGGAAAUGUUUUGUUUUUAAACACAAGUAAUGAUGAAGCCGGACUUGUUAGCCAUCUGUUGACAUCAACGACUCAUGAACCGUGUUUUGUCAUCAGAUUAUAUGCACAUCAGACAGCUGGCAUAGUAACAAUAAAGUCAAAUACUGACGGGAAGGAAGAGAUAAUAAAAAAUAUAACACUAGAAAAGGACAUGAGGUGGAAAGAUCUAGACCUACAAUUUAUAAAGACAGGAAAAGAUACUACAAUUAGUAUUGAAACAAAGCUCAAAGAAACAUCUGGUUUGCUCGUUAUAACACAAAUCUCAGAAACCGACCAAUGUUUGUCGUCUCCAAUAAUAAAUACCUGUGCAGACAAUGGCAUGUUUCAAUGUGGAGACGGCACGUGCAUAUCAUGGGAUAAAGUUUGUAAUCUACAAGAUGACUGUGGCAAUGGCAAUGACGAAGGCAUUUGUGAAAAUUUACCAAAACUUUCCACUUGUACCUUCGAAAAUGGAACGUGUGGAUGGACAUUAGGCAAACACUUCAACGGCUUUAAAUGGGAGCUACAUCAUGGACCAAGGGCUCCGAGUGGGACAGGACCAAAUAUUGAUCAUACAACAGGGACAGACCAGGGAUACUACAUGUAUAUUGACAGUGAUCAUGAUGGAGGCUUUUAUGAGCCAGCAAAACUUCAAAGUCAAGUUAUGCCCGCUGUUGGAGAAAAUUUCCUAAAAUCUUGCAAGUUGCGUUUCUUCUAUCAUAUGCUUGGCAAAGAUGUCAACAGAAUGGAAAUUAAAGCGGUUGACCUUUGCAAUAAAAGAGUUUAUGAUCUCUGGAGUAAGAAAGGUGGUUUAGAUGAUGAAUGGAACUAUGCUGAAGUUAAUAUUAAUAUAUCAUCAAGAUAUUUUAUUACUAUUCGGGGAUUUGGUGCUGCACAUAAUGCAUACGGUGACAUUGCUUUGGAUGAUAUUUCCUUCAGUCCUGAAUGUUUCGGUAUAUCUCAUGAUGAAACACAAUUUAUCUCCAUACCUUGUCAUAAGAGGACAAUGACGAGGGAGGAGUUCGAGACAAAUUCAACACUUUUCUGCAAGAGUGAUCAGGAUGUACUACGUGAGACUUGCUCAAAAACUGACCAUUUUUCUUGCGAUGAUAGUACAUGUACUCCAUUGGACCAAGUUUGCAAUCUAAAACAGGAUUGUCAGAAUGGAAGGGACGAGCAAAUUUGCGACAGUCUACCAGAGCAUGCAAGAUGUACAUUUGAAGACGGAAUGUGUGGUUGGCGAGCACGGGAAAGAGUAGAAGGAUUUUCAUGGACUCUUCAGAAAGGUCCAACGGGGCCUGAGUAUACAGGCCCUACUGUUGACCAUACCAAAGGAACUGUCGAAGGUCAGUAUGUGUAUAUCGACGGAGCGAAAGGAGACGCACAUGAACACGCAACACUGCACAGUUUAAUCAUGCCUGAGAUAAAUGAUACAUUCAUAGACCAGUGUAAAUUCAGGUUCUUUUACCACAUGUACGGAAAAGACGUAACGACACUUAAUGUUUGGGUAACAGAAGUUUGUACAGACAAUAAAGUGCUUCUUUGGUCUCAACACAAUGGAAAGGAUGAUGUAUGGGUUUACGAUGAAAUAUCUUUACCCAUCGUUAGCUCUAGAUAUGUGAUUGAGUUACAAGCGUAUGGAGCACUUAUCGAGCAUGGAGAUAUAGCAAUUGAUGACAUUUCAUUUAGUCCAGAGUGUUUUGGUAUUUCUUAUACGACAACGGGUUGCAUGUCGACGUCAACAUAUAACGCACCAGUCACUAUUUAUGAAUUUAGGAACAACACAGAGAUUUAUUGUCAUACACCACAAAGCAUCACAAUAUCAAGCCCUAUAUAUACAUCAGAACAGGCAGAAAAGAUGAACAUUGCCUAUAUUGUUGUUAUAACCGUGGGUUGUAUUGCAGUGGCAAUUAUCAUGGGAAGUGCACUUCUCUGUUUUGCAGCAAUACGACGCCGCAAAAGUACUCCGGGACAAGGAGCAAGACUUGAAAUGGCUACGCAAGAAUCUGAUGAUAAUUCUCCGCCGGUACAAUCUUCGUCCAUUGAUAUGCAGCUUCGAUGCGCAGUUACUGAGCUCAAUCCAAAUUACGACUUUAUAAUCGCCAGGUACCCGGAGCAACAACUGCGGGAGAUACCACGGAAUAAAUUAACCUUAACGAAGUUGCUUGGUCAAGGGGCAUUUGGUGAGGUCUAUGAGGGAACGCUCAAGAAUUUGUGUGCAAAUGUUAGUGAGCUUUUGGUCGCAGUCAAAACGCUUCCAGCAUUAUCUACUGAACAAGCAGAGACGGACUUCCUCAUGGAAGCUGUGAUAAUAAGUAAGUUUAUGCACAAAAACGUUGUGAAGUGUUUAGGUGUUUGUUUUGAGGAACAUCCUAGGUAUAUAAUCUUAGAGCUGUUAGAUGGUGGAGAUCUCAGAACUUUUCUCAGGGAUUCCAGAACAAAGGGGGACCAAAAAUGUUCUUUGACGAUGGAAGACUUACUGAAACUUUCAUUGGAUAUUGCAAAUGGAUGUCGCCAUUUAGAGGAGAAACAUUUUGUCCACAGAGAUAUAGCUGCUAGAAACUGUUUACUAACAUCAAGGGGACCAGAUCGUAUUGCCAAAAUAGCUGACUUUGGGAUGUCUAGAGACAUUUAUAGUGCUGAUUACUACCGAAAGGAUGGUAAAGCCAUGUUGCCGGUUAAAUGGAUGCCACCUGAAGCAUUUUUAGACGGAGUUUUCACAAGUAAAACUGACACCUGGGCAUACGGUGUUUUAUUGUGGGAAAUAUUUACGCUCGGUUACAUGCCAUAUCCAGGACAGACAAAUAGUGACGUCAUGCAUUUUGUUGCUUCCGGUGGUCGCUUAGAUCCUCCUGAAAAAAGUCCCGCUAGAUUGAGCAAAAUAAUGAUCAUGUGCUGGAAUUCUGUGGCAGAUAUACGACCGUCAUUUAGCGAGAUUAUUGAUCUUCUAGACAUGUGCCUUCAGGACGAGGAGGUACUAAAUACAGAUGUAUCGUUAUUCCAGUACCCCAUUAAUGAAUGUUUUAAGGACGCUUCCACUCUUGCUAAAAGUUCAAAUACAGCAGACGACAGCGCCGAUAAAUCUUCUGAUAGCCAGUGUGAGGGCGCAUCCGGUACGGCCGCAGAGUUCAAAGGUCAUUUUGAGUCUCAAAGUCGAGAGCCGCUGCUUCUUUCCUCACCCGACUGUUGAGAAUCUUUGGCAUCAUUUGUAUCUUGCCAAUAUGUUUGAACAUUAACAACAUUUAACAACUUUGACAUACGCUUGAAUCUGUUGAUCAGAAUCGAGCUAGAGUGUAUAUAAUUAUGUUAUAACGUUUUGACAUUAAGCAUUAUGUAUAAUGUAAAAGAGCUGCCAUGUCAUACAGUUGUUUAUGUCAUUCAAAUGUUAUGAUCAUUCUUCCAUAGCUAUAGCUAUGUAUACUGACAAGGUAAAACAGGGUUUUUUAAUACUCGACAUGAUAGUUAGGUAAAAACUUCGUAUCUAUAAUAAUUCAACUUAUUAAGAAUAAUUCAAAAAAAGCAGAACAAAAAAUAUUUUAAAUUUCUAAAAUACUUUUGUAUAAUAAUACUUACUUUUAUAUUUGGUCACAUUUAAGUUCACACCAAGAAAUCAAUAAUACGCUUCACAAAUAUCGGUAACUCAAUUACACCAGAUUAUAUGUUAUAAUGACAUAAAAACUGGUAUAAAAUAUAAAAAUAAUAAUGAUGAUAUUAUUAUAACAAUAGGUUUUGGUCAUACACUUUGCAUGAUAAUUUUAGAGUAAAAUAUAACCAAAACGUAUUCAUAUUCUGUGUCUGGGAUUUCAAAUGUAACAUGCGGUAUUGACGUAGUUAUAAAUAUUUUUAUGCAACAAAUGUCUGGGAUGUUUUUUGGUACGUAGCAUUAGAACAGCGCAACUAUUGAAAAGACACUAAUACUCCACAAUGUGUGGGCAUCUUUGCAUUUAACAAAUAUAUAUUUAGUACUUAUUUACCAUCAUUUUAUCAUUUUUACCCAGGCUUUCAUUAAAACGAUCAUUGGAUAUUUUGAACAAUAUUUUGUUUUCAAGUUUUCGAACUGAUGCUGACUAUUUAAAUGGUUGGAAAUACAAUUAUGUGUUUUGCUUUGAAUGUGUAAUCUCUUUGAAUCUCUAUCUUUCAAUGCCUAGACAAUUGUUGAAAUAUGAAAACCAAGCCGGCUUGCGUUACGGAUCUCUCGGUGAUUUGUAUAUUAAACAUUCCAUUAUCAAUAAACUAUUUUUGUUGUUACUGGUUUGUCAGAUUGUAAAUAAUACAUGUAAAAAGCAACGUGAUUGAUGAUAAGUUCUGGUAACAGUAACUUUAUAUUGCACUAUUUUUAAAAAGUAGCAAACGUUAUAUACGUUAAAAAGCACCAUUAGCGAAAUAAGUGCAUGCUGACAUACACAUUUAAGCUCACCUGAGCACAGUGUGUUCAAAGUAAGCUAUUGUGAUAUUGUGAUACCCUUGUGUCAGUCGUCCGGCGUCUGUCGUCCGACUUUAACAUUUUUACUUAAACAUCCCCUUGAACCCCUACACUAAUAGUGAUGAGUCAAUAAUUGGUUUGAUUCUGAUGAAACUAUACAUAAAUGACCGUUAGAUGGACCUUUAUAAAUAUUCAAACGGUUCCGGUCUGCUGAUCAAGAAUUUCACAAGAGCUUGAAAAAUGUGUGAUAUUACAAUACCAAGAGCUUAGAUAUCUGUCGUGAAUCAUUAAGUAGCAAACGCCUACAAAUAGCUUAAAAAGUAUGAUGCUUGGGUAAAAAAAGAAAAAUAACCUCGUUACUGAAUCCAUUACCUUUUCUUGCAGUGUUUGUCAGGUGAGCGGUCUAGGACAAACGUUGCCCUCUUGUUUUGAAUAAUAUUUCAUUGUUAUAAUGGCAAAUAAAUUAUUUACUGUUGAUACGAUAUAUCAUAAUUCGUUUACAUUCGACCAAAGCCGUCAUAAAUAUUUAUUACGGGAUUUCAUUGUCCGUAGCUAAUUUUGCGUUGUAUUAUUCUGUAUGAGAGAAAGGAAAAACAAGCCAUGUGUGUGUAUCAUAAUUCAUAUAAUAUUUUAUUAUAAGGUACGUUUAUGUGUCUCCUUUUUAGUUCAUAUAUAUAACAAAAUAUUUAUAAGAAUUAAACAAUCUUUUUAUAAAUUCAUAUAAUUAUUACGUCAUACUUAAAGAUGACAAAAGCAGUAUUACUAUGGUUAUAUGUUUUACAAAUAUAAAAUUUUAAAUAAAAUGUUUAUAAGAAAAAAGAGGUAAUGUGAUUUAAUAUGCAUACUGGUCGAUUAACUUAUUGACUGCUGUAUAUUUUUUCUUUCAAUGUGCGUCCAAAUUUGUAUAAUUUUCGCUUGUAAUAAUUGUAACGUUAAAUUGCCACAUCUGUAAUUGCUUAAGAAAUAUGGUGCAUGCUCAAAAUCAUAGCUAAACGUUGUAAAGUAGCACGAUUUGUGUUGUCCAUGCGUGUGCGCAAUAAAGUAAGAAAAAUACUUUAUUGUAAGUACCUUUUGAUAUGUACUUUAACCAACUUUAAUUUUCAAAACAAAACGGCCGAAUAGUGUUUUACGUUUUGUAGCACACUACCUCAUUUUUAAAUUUAUUUCCUAUUAAUUUGUGGUACCACUUUUGUCCCUUUUCUUCAUUUAAAUUACAAUCGUUCAUAAUUAUAUUCAAGGAUUUCUUACUGAGUGUGUUUCCUAGAACGAUAAAAUUGCUGAUUUAAGAUAUGAUAUAAAGUUGAGAUGAAAAAAUGAUCUGUGAUAGUGUUUUUUUAUGUUGUACAUAUUUAAUAUUGUCGGGACGAUAUGAAAUGUGUUCAUUGUUAAAUUUGUAAAAACGAAUGAAAUUAUACAGAUGUUUUGAUAUCUACUAAGUAUGUGCCAUGUGGAAAAGAAGAAAUGUAUAUUCAGAAUCGGUGAGAUAUGUAUAUAAUUAUAAAAUGAUGUAUUUGUUUUAUUUGAAGGACUAUUGUUAUGAGUAACGUAAUCGUUAUAUGGUGGUUAACAAUCUUUCAUUUUUAAAAAACAAAUAAUACUUCAUGCUUCAAGAUCAACAUCAUAAAGUUGCAUUGUUGAAAAACGUUCAAUACAUAUAAUGGUAGUGUAGAUAUUUAUUGAUAGUUAUUUGUGCUUAUGUGUACAAAACAAUUAAAUGUAUAAAUUGUGUAUUAUAUAGUAAAAGGAAAUAAAAAUAAAUGCAUCUAUA